AUGUAUGCUGGUCGGUACAACCUCACGGUGCCUCUAACCAACACGGACCCUACUUCAAUUGAUGCAGCCACAGCGACUUUCUUAUCUGAGCUUGCACGACGGUCACGCCUAAACUUACCAAGUUUCGUUCGGCUGGUUCGUGGACAAAACGCUCACGAUCCGCGCCCUAAUAAGACCCUGUACGAACUUGCUGAGCCAGCCGACCCCACCUAUCACGACGCUUACAGGCGUUGGAAUGCCAUUGUCCGAGGUGGGGUGCAACCACUAUGGACAUCGACACGACCCUCAAGGCAGCCUAGACGCCAGAACAACCAUCGAAUCGACACUAACACCAUCGAGAAGGUCCGGCGACACAUCGCAAAAGGCCAAACGGAGGGCCGAUAUCUCAUUCUGGACGAAGCCAUGCUGGAAACAUGGCCUGAGGUUUUCAUUAGUCCGAUCGGCACAGUCGGCAAAGGUGAAGAAGGCAUCCGUGUCACCAAUGACUACGCUUAUCCGCGAGGAUCGUCCGUGAACGACUUCACUGACAGAGAUAACUUUCCACGGAUCAGCUACAACCCGCCUCGCGACAUAGCGCGACGCAUUCAUGACCUACGAACCAAGCAUCCUCCCGUUGACGUACUGCUCCUGCUCGGAGACGUCUCCGGUGCUUUUCGGCACGUACCGAUGAACGAAAACAGCGUACACAUGUUCGCUUUCCUGUUUGAAGACUACGUGGUCUUUGAUCUAUCGUGUGGAUUUGGGUGGUGUGGUUCACCAGCAUUUUACGCUCUGGCAGGGUCUGUCAUUAAUCACUUGUACGAGUCCUCGAGACCUGAGGGUGGAGCUCCUCUGGACAGGGAACCGUUUAUAGGCAACGUUUGGUGUGAUGAUCAUACAUGUGUGGAAAAAAAUGUCGGCACGCGCUGCAAGGAUGCUGAAGUAGCCCUGUGGAGAUCAAUGGUAACUGUACUUGGGCCGAAUGCUAUCAAUGAAGAGAAAUUUACCUCGUGGCAGACAACUGGCAAAGCGCUCGGUCUUUUGAGGGAUACCGUCAAUGGUACUGUAUCGAUACCGACUGAGAAGCUGCUGAAGGCGCAGCUCCACGUUCACACGCUGCUUCAGACAGGUUACGCUUCCAAAUCCGAUCUCAACAAGCUCCUCGGGAAUCUACGCCAGGGUUUAGCUGCGUGCUUUCCGGCUGCUCGUUCCUUCUAUCAACGACUCCAUGCAUCCGCUGUCGGUAUGCACCCUGGAAGCAAACGCCAAUUAAAUGAAGACGACCGCGACGACCUGUUCUGGUUUCGUGCGGUACUUUUGAAUGGGGACCGGUUCAACAAGAUCCCUGUCGUUCAGUUCGCCGGUAUUGCAACACCAACCGUGCACAUCUUCAUGGACGCGUCGGACACCGGGUUGUGUGCUCUAGAACCCACGAGACUUGAGUACAUUCGGGUGAAAUUCACUGACGCUCAGAAGCUUGACCUGCGUAAGGAGCCUCGUGUCAAUUCGAUCAACGUACGAGAACUUCAGAGUGCCGUAUUGGCUGCUCUUUACUGGGGUCAAUAUUGGAAACAGGAUGCAGAACUUGACCCGACGUACGUCUGCUUCCACAUCGACAACUCAAGUGCGGUGGCGUGGGCUAACCGUCGAAGUGCCAGAAACCCCGCUGCCCAGCUCUUUAACAGACUGCUGUCUCUGGCUGAACUACAAUACCGUGUCGUUUUCACGGCGGAACAUGUCCCCGGAAUCGAUAACAUCAUGGCUGACGCCGGGUCACGUGCAUGGUCCAGUACUGAUAAACUUUGGCACUACCAACUCCAAGUAUCAAGCAAUCUGGAAGAGCGGACCAAGUUUUCGCGCAUGAUGGGAUGGCCGCCGUGGAUUGGGAACCCAGGAGCUGAUCGUACUAACCGUCUGGGUUAUUUCGCGGUGUAUCUGUGGACGUAUGGGUGGAACCGAGCUCGACGAGGCAACCAGUACGCGACUAUCGUGCCCAAGCUCGCGAGCGUGUCGUGGUUUCACCGGCGGUUCCAAGGUAUCGAGAUCACCAGGUCACCACAGCUGCGUAUCCUGCUUCAAGGUAUCAAGCGUUUAUCCGACCCGGUGCGUAAGAAACAACCCGUCACACCCUCUUUUCUACGCCUUCUACGUCGAUCACUGAAUUUGGAUCGCCCCCGACAGCGUCUCCUGUGGGGCAGUGUGCUCCUUGGCUAUUUCUUCCUUUUACGGCACUCAGAAUUUCUGAUAGUGGAGGGUCAUCGACCAUUUUACAGCCUGAAGACCAAGAACGCCAUGUUCACAGACAGCAACGGACAAGCGGUGAGUGUCGUCGAAGCACUACGACACAUCCUGACGGCUCGACGAGGGAUCAACAAAAUGAACAACGAGUAUCUGUGUCUGGAUCUGGAUUCGAAGACAGUGUCCAAGGCCCUCAAGGCGACGGCAGAGAAGGCAGGAGUUCCGGCUUCUAACUACGCUACGCACUCACUACGUAUUGGGGGUGCCGCUGCACUAUUGAACGGCAUAGUGGACAGCCUGGUGAUAAAGAUAUUGGGGCGGUGGGUACCGCGAUGUUACGAAGAGUACCCUAGACAAGCUGCCGCUGCCACCACUGGUCUCACCAAACGCAUGGUGUAG